AUGACCGUCGCCGUCGGUGAUCACCGGUCUCAAGUGGUGAGGAGUGAUGCAAGGAUGGGUCCAAAUUCGCGCCAGGACGAGAUGAAACCCGCGAUUGAAUUCGACCGUCUUCACGCAAAGAUCAUCUUCUUGCCCGUGACGGUUUCGGAGUUGGGGAGACGGGAAGCACCGGCGGCUCCGCGAAUGACCUCAGUCACGCAUGGCCCGUGCACCCUGUUAUGCACUCUCUCAGGUUAUGCCUGCUGGUGGCAUGACGGAGACUCCCACACACAGAUCGACGGCUAG